GGUAUUUUGACGAGAUUACUAUAUCUCGGGAAUAUCACAUAUUUUGUGAUAUUUUGCCGAGUUAUUGCUGUAUUUGUCUAUUUCCUUUUAAUCCGUCUCCUUCCGUGACUGACGCCGGUUUCCAGUACAAUUUCAUUUCGUCUUCAAUGGCGUUUAUGAUCCUCAGACGCAGCCGCCUCUCCGCAUCGACACCCAAAACUGCCACCGACAUUUCCCGCCUCUUCUGCACCACCUCCACCACUCCAUCUCCGGCGACCGGUGAACCCCCUAUAGUCUCCGACGUCGUCUCCCUCCUAACGCACCACCGCUUCAAAUCCCGGUGGAGCCAUCUCCGAUCCCUCCUCUCCUCCAACCAGGACCCGCUCUCUUCUCCUCACUUCUCCCAGAUUUCCCUCCGAUUCAAAUCGAACCCUCGUCUCGCCCUCCGCUUCUUCGAUUUUACCCGCCGGAACUCCUCCCUCUGCUCUCACGACGCCUACUCUUUCGCCACCGUCAUCCACCUCCUCUCCCGCGCCCGCCUCAAGUCCCCGGCGCAGUCCGUCAUUCGGACCUUUCUCUUGUCUCGCCAAUUAUGGCCUGAAGACGAUGAAGAACCCCCGUGUGACCCGCCUUUGAAACUGUUCGAAGUGCUGGUCAAAAGCUACAGGUACUGCGAUUCCGCUCCGUUCGUAUUCGAUUUGCUGAUCAAAUCCUGUCUCGAGCUGAAAAAAAUUGAUGCGUCGUUAGAGAUUGUGAGGAAGUUGAGGUCCCGUGGGAUUAGCCCUCAAAUUGAUACUUGUAAUGCUUUGAUUUCGUGGGUUUCCAAGUGUAGAGGGUCAUCUGCUGGUUAUGAAAUGUUCAGGGAACUGUUUGGAUUGGUGGGGAGCAAGGUUGAGGGAAAAGGGGGAAGGGGUUUGAGAAAUCGACCUAAUGUGCAAAGCUUUAAUCUUUUGAUGGAGGGGUUUUACAGAGACGGAGAAGUGGAGAUGGUGGAGGAAAUCUGGUUGGAGAUUGAGAGAUUUGGGUGUGGUGGUAAUGAGCACAGUUACAGUAUUUUACUGGCUGUGUAUUCUGAAGCAGGGAAGAUGACGGAAGCCGUGAAGCUAUGGGAAGCGAUGGUGGAGAAAGGGGUAAAACCUGAAGUUAUGGCUUAUAACACCAUAAUCGGUGGAUUUUGCAGGGCACGUGAUUUGAAAAAUGCUGAAGAGUUUUUCAGAGAAAUGGAAAUGAGUGAAGUGGAGUGUAGUUCUGACAUCACUUUUGAACAUCUCAUCGGUGGCUAUUGCGGAAUUGGGGAUGUCGAUGCAGCGCUGCUUGUGUAUAAGGAUAUGCUAAGAAAGGGUUUUAGGCCUGCAGCAGUGACAAUUGAGGUCUUGAUUGGAGGGCUAUGUGAGAAGGGAAGGUUUUCAGAAGGUUUGGAAGUUAUGAGAUAUGCAAUGAAGGAUGUGAGUUUCUCUCCAAGUCGAAAGAGUUAUCAGUUUCUGAUAAAAGGGUCGUGUGAGGACGGGAAACUGGAAGUAGCAGGCAAGCUUCAGGCUGAGAUGGUAGGCAAAGGGUUUGAGCCAAAUGCAGAGGUUUAUGGUGCUUUUGUUGAAGGGUACACUAGGGUUGGAAAUGAAAAAAUGGCAGCGAAGGUUAGGAAGGAGAUGUCUGAUAGACUGGAGAUGUCAGACAAUGAGAUGAAAUGAUGAAGCCAUGGGAAUGCAGCAACUCCUGGGAGUGCCAUGUUUGCAGCUACUCUUUGGCAAUAUGUGUGCACAGCUUUUGGAUCAAUAGUGCAUUUUUUUGAAUUUACUGCCAGGCUUCAUCAAUGGCUUUCGGAAGGUUGUUCUGCAAUUCCACUCUACCAAGGCAGUCACCCUCCUUACUUCAGGUGAACGAGAUGUAGUGAAUCUGAUGCUUGUCAGUGGCUUAUAGAUAAAUUGGUUGAGGCGAUUUCUGACUUUUAAUUCACUAGCUCUUUACCAAAAAGUACUCUCGGAAUUGUUUCUGGACAAAGACUGGUCACAAUGGCAGAAAACCCAGCAGAGCUGCUGCCUGCUGCCACUGGAUAAUGCAGUCAUUGUCGCAUAGCCAAAUGCGAGGCCUAGAACUAGAGCUUGAUGUACUCCUGCCUGGAGCGGACGUCAGCUCAACCCAGUGCACACUUCUAGUAGCAACCUACUUCUCUUGGGGUUCCUCAAAGCUACCAUGUGAGGUGAACAUUAGAGAUAGAAUGGCGUUCGCAUAUGGUUGCACAUGUCAGGUUUGUACCAAAAAACUUAAAGGUCCUUUUGUUUCGAUGUUGCCACGCAGACAGCUCUCUGAAUUCUCUUGGGGGUUCCUCCGCUGUAUUUUCUGCAUGUGUAUGCCUCGCCUGUGACAAAUCUGCUGCACACAUUGCUUCCAUCCCAAGGGACGUCAACUUUUUAUGAGCAUACUAGCUAUAUCAGUUUGAAGGAGCAAGUCACAUGCUGUUCAUCUUUCCCCCUGCUGCUUUUGAAAUGCAGAUGAAGUAUAAUGUAGUAUGUGUUGCUUAUCAGCUUUGUUUACGACAUGGAUUUUCCUUCUUUUAGUCUGGAUAUUGCACAGACCAGAGAGCUAGGGUGGUGAUAAUCGGUCCAGGGCUAUACAGCUUUGCAGAAGUAGGAUGUUUUCUGGGUCACAGAGAGAAAGAGUCCCCUCUACAUAGAGAUUCUUCACAGGUCCGUAUGGCUUCAAAAUACGACAUGCCUAUAGCAUAUCUGGUCAGAACAAGUCAUAAUCAUGAACAUGAACUGCAAUAGGUUCUGCAAUAGGUUCUCCCCUUAAUAGUUCUAAUGUACCAUGCAAACAUCCUCGUUUCACCCGAGGGCUACGUCCAUAUGGUGAUCUGCAAUGCUCAUGAGUUCAAGAACACUACAGGCAAUCACGAUCUACAUAUCAUCUCUUGGGAUAACCAUCGUUAGCAGCCCCGUUAUUUCCGCAUUUUAGAUGAUUACUAGAGGAUGAUCGACAACAAUGCAUUAUGCAUCCAUCUCCAGGUAGAGUAGGAAGACCGGUCCCGUUCUUGACAGGAUUGAUUCAGAGUUACAGGGGGUAACUGCUGAUGGGUUUUUUACAUGAUGGGUGGUUCAGUACAAAUGCCAAAGACUAACUUGACGAAGCUGAAACCUGGAAUUGGAGCUCGAAGGAUGAAGAAUAUGAUUUCAGGGCUUCUGUCAGCUGAAGGGUUUCGUACGUCGCACUACAUCUGUUUUGGUUCAUGCCUAUUUAAUAAAAUGAACUUAAUUAUAUAUAAAAUAUCCGAUCAUACUGGUGGUGUUCAUACCGGGUUCUUGACCGGCAUUUCACCAGCGUGAUAACCAUGAUAAAACUACAAUAACAAAGUCGAUAAUAUUCA